AGUGGGGGCCACGUGGCCUUGAGAAUGACCAGCCAGGCGUCCCCGGAGGCUGGGCCUCCCAGGCCUGGGCGGAGGAGCUUCCUGCCUGCAGGGAUGCGUAACGCCUCGGAGCUCCUGGGGACGGCCGGCGUGCCCCUGAGAGCAACAACCUGGCCACAGCCCAGGCCCUCACCGGCCCUGCCAGCCGGGCUGCAGGUGGACCACGUGGGGAACAGCUCCCAGGGUGUCCCCCAACUGUUCCUUACUUCCGCACUGGCCCGCGGGGUCUCCGGCGUCUUUGUGUGGGCCGCCCUUGUUCUCACCUGCCACCAGAUCUACCUGCACCUGCGCUCCUACGUCGUGCCCCAGGAGCAGCGCUACAUCAUCCGCCUGCUCCUCAUUGUGCCCAUCUACGCACUGGACUCCUGGCUCAGCCUCCUCCUCCUGGGAGGCCACGAGUACUACAUCUACUUGGACUCCGUGCGGGACUGCUACGAAGCCUUUGUCAUUUACAGCUUCCUGAGCCUCUGUUUCCAGUACCUGGGGGGCGAGAGUGCCAUCAUGGCUGAGAUCCGGGGAAAGCCCAUCAAGUCCAGCUGCUUCUACGGCACCUGCUGCCUCCAGGGCAUGUCCUACUCCAUUGGGUUCCUGCGAUUCUGCAAGCAGGCCACGCUGCAGUUCUGCGUUGUGAAGCCCGUCAUGGCCUUGGUCACCAUCUGCCUCCAGGCAUUCGGCAAAUACAGUGAUGGGGACUUCAGUGUCCACAGCGGCUACCUGUACGUGACCCUCGUCUACAACGCCUCAGUCAGCCUGGCCCUCUACGCCCUGUUCCUCUUCUACUUCGCCACCAGGGAACUCCUGCAGCCCUUCGAGCCCCUCCUGAAGUUCCUCACCAUCAAAGCCGUCAUCUUCCUGUCUUUCUGGCAGGGGAUGCUGCUGGCCAUCCUGGAGAGGUGCGGGGUCUUCGCCGAGGUCCAGACCUUGGACGGGAGCACGGUGGGGACCGGCACGCUGGCCGCUGGCUACCAGAACUUCAUCAUCUGCAUCGAGAUGCUUUUUGCCUCCAUCGCCUUGCGCUACGCCUUCACCUGCCAGGUGUACUCGGAGAAGAAGGAGAACUCACCAGGCCCCCCAGCGCCCAUGCAGAGCAUCUCCAGCAGCCUCAGGGAGACCAUCAGCCCCCAGGACAUCGUGCAAGAUGCCAUCCACAACUUUUCACCCGCCUACCAGCACUACACGCAGCAGGCCACGCACGAGACUCCCAGGCCCAGCCAGGGUGGGCACCCCUCACCUGGCACCCACCCGGACUCGGCUGGCGGCUCUGGCGGGGGCAGGAAGAGCCGAAACAUAGAGAAGCGGAUGCUGAUCCCCUCAGAGGACCUAUAGGAGCCUCAGGGUUGCUGGCACCCAGCUGAGGACCCAGUCUGCCCCCGCCUCUCCCCCAACCCUCCUGCCAAAGGUCAGGCCUCUCCUGAGAGCCCUGCUGGCGAGGCCCAUGGA